UACAACUUGCCAAGAAUUACACAGGCAUUCAGGAUGAGAAGCCAGCUCUCAAAAGUGGUUUUCUGUGGGCUUGGCCAGAUUUUCUUGCGCUUCCUGGUCUCUUCAUGACAGCAUCAGAAUUCUGCAUUGGAGGGAUGGAGGCCUGAGACAAUAGACAAAGCUUUCUGUGAUCUGAAUUUGUUCAUAGAGCAGGGGCUGCCAGAGCACUGACAGUGGUGGGGAUAGCAUGUGUCACAUAAUUAAAGGCUUUGUGCACACUGGGAUCUGAACUGAGCUCUGGCAGGGGAAAAACAAUCUUUGUUCUUGGAUAUUGCUAUCUACCUUCCCCUGGAUGGGGAAAAAAAAAGGAACAACGUGGGAUAGUUCAGUUAGCUUGAAAUUAAAUGUGCAAGGAUGCUACCUGCCUAUGUGUGCAGUCUGCUUUAGUACAGUUAUGUUGGGACCUAUGGUGAGGGGGACGUAAAGCUUUGUUACAGUGCUCAGCUGGUCAGAUGGCACGUAUGAGAACUAAUGUCUGCUGGGAGAAUUUGCUUGUGACAGAAUUAAUGAUCUUCUCUUCAGCUUGGAACAUGUUAUCAAAAUGGGUGAGGAGAAGAUGAGUGGUAAAAGGCAGCUGGCAAAAACUUACGGCAACAUGUACACCUUGUGGUUCGGGUGGGCACCAGUGAUCAUACUGAAUGGAUUUCAGGCAGUGAAGGAUGGCAUGACUACACACCCUGAUGAUGUUUCUGGAAGGAUGGUAUCUCCUUUCUUCAGAGCAGUGGCCAAAGGAAAAGGUAUUUUACUGGCAAGCGGCCGCUCAUGGAAGCAGCAGAGACGCUUUGGUAUAAUGACUCUACGCAGUCUGGGGAUGGGGAAAAAAGGCCUGGAGUAUCGAGUGCAAGAGGAGGCCUCUCACCUGGUGGAGUUCUUUGUGAGCCUGAAAGGAAGACCUGUGGAUCCUUCUUUCCCUCUCUUCCAUUCUAUUUCCAAUGUAAUUUGUGCUCUGGUUUUUGGAUAUCACUUCUCUGAUGAGGACAAAACCUUCCAUGAACUGAUCAGUGCCAUAGAGAACUUAUUCAGAUUUGCAGGCAGCUUCAUUUAUCAGCUGUAUGAAAUCUUCCCCUGGCUGAUGUGCCGUCUCCCUGGUCCUCAUAAGAAGGCAUUGUCUUGCUAUGAUAUCCUCAGUUCUUUUGCAAGGAAGGAGAUCAGAAGACACGUGGAGAGAGGGAUGCCAGAUGAACCGCAGGAUUUCAUUGACUUUUACCUGGCUGAGAUAGAGAAAUCUAAAGACGAGGACAAGCCCAAGUAUGACGAAGACAAUUUGGUAUAUGUUAUAAAUGACCUUUUCCUUGGUGGCUCAGAGACUUCAAGCACAACCUUGUGCUGGGGACUGCUCUACAUGGUGGUGAAUCCAGACAUCCAAGAGAAAGUGCAGAAGGAGCUGGAUGCUGUUCUGGGUCCUUCCCAGUUAAUCUGCUACGAGGAUCGGAGAAAACUGCCCUACACAAAUGCCGUGGUUCAUGAAAUCCAGCGCUUCAGCAAUAUCGUCUUUGUUGGCAUGCCCAGAGUGUGUGUGAGGAAUACAGAACUGCUAGGUUUCCCCGUCAAAAAGGGCACCAUUGUUUUGCCAAAUAUAGCAUCUGUUCUGUAUGAUCCUGAGCACUGGGAGACACCUCGGGAGUUCAACCCUGGCCAUUUCCUGGAUAAAGAAGGAAACUUUAAAAAUCGAGAAGCCUUCUUACCAUUCUCAGCAGGGCACCGAGUGUGUUUGGGGGAGCACCUAGCAAGGACCGAGCUCUUCAUUUUCUUUGCCAACCUGCUGCGGGCGUUCACCUUCCGGCUUCCCGAGGGGGUGACAAAGAUCAACACAGAGCCCAUUUUGGGGGGCACGCUGCAGCCCCACCCGUACAAGGUUUGUGCCAUUCCACGCUAGGCUGCAGCACACCACAGACCAGCAUUAAGCAGCCACCUUUACCUCAGUGAACUUCCUCUCAAAUGUAUAAACCUUCUUCUGCCAGCCAGUAUAUUGGUAUUAGUCUAUCCCAGGACUAUUCAGAAAGUGAACACAAGCCAAGAUCCAGGCAACUUUUGAUUUGGUCACAGAAAUUCUUGCAAGGAUCUUAACUUUGUUUUUUCCCCUCUUGGAGAGCACCUGAGCAAGAUGCUGUGGUUCCCAGUUGUGAAGACAUCCUGCUGUGCCUCCCUGUCCUGGCCAAGCAGGAACAUCAUGGUGAUCGCUGCUGAGCAAACCGCAGUAAAAAUUCAACAGAGGACCUCAGUAAGAGCUAAGUAGGUGUCAUUUCUGUGAGUGGUUUGGUGGCCUCGAGUCAUUUGACUCUGGAAAAUGCACCUUUAAAGUCCUACUUUGGUUUUACUGUCCUGAACUUAGGCACUUUAAUUUGUUGUCAGGUAUAAAUAAAAGAAAAGGGAAACACACCAGAAUAUGGGUGUGUUAAUGUCUGAGUUUGAGGUAAGCAUCUCCCAUGUGGAAGAUGAAGAGUCAAUUUGAAGUUGAAUAAACUUAAAUUUCAUAUUUACUAACAA